CGUACACCGCUCACAUCAUCAUCGUCAUGAUAAUAGACAAAUACAAAACCCUGGUGAGAAUUUCAGGGUUUUCUUGAAGGUCGAUCAUGAAGGCUUUGCUGCGUUCUUUCUUCAAGAAACUUGGAGGUGGAGGAGUUAGGGCUUUUGCGGCGCAAAGCCUCAAGAUUGCAGGGGUUCAAGACAUCAUUGCGGUUGCUUCUGGUAAAGGUGGCGUUGGCAAGUCCACCACUGCAGUUAAUUUGGCUGUGGCACUUUCUAGUAAGUGUCAACUUAACGUGGGGUUGCUUGAUGCUGAUGUGUAUGGACCGUCUAUUCCUACCAUGAUGAAACUCCAUGGAAAGCCAGAAGUGAGUGAAGGUAAAAAAAUGAUCCCAAUGAAAAACUAUGGGGUCAAGUGUAUGUCAAUGGGAUUUCUUGUGACAGAGGAAUAUGCCCCGAUUGUGUGGAGAGGACCUAUGGUGAUGAAAGCCCUCGAACAAAUGUCAAGGGGAGUUGAUUGGGGAAAACUUGAUAUUCUUGUGGUUGAUAUGCCCCCUGGGACUGGUGAUGCUCAAAUAUCUAUUUCACAAAGGCUGCAAUUAUCAGGUGCUUUGAUAGUCUCAACUCCUCAAGAUGUUGCAUUAAUGGAUGCUCGGAGAGGAGUUAAUAUGUUCAAUAAAGUCGAAGUCCCUUGGGUUGCUUCACAGAUUUUGGGAAUCCUAGAAAAUAUGAGCUUCUUCAAGUGUCCACAUUGUGGUGAACCUUCGCAUAUUUUUGGGAAAGGUGGAGCUCGGAGAACUGCUGACGGAAUGGGCUUGCCAUUUCUUGGUGAGAUACCAUUGGAAGAAAAGAUCAGAAGUAAUUCUGAUGAAGGCACCCCUAUGGUAAUAUCAAAUCCUGAUUCUGCAGUCUCCAAGGCAUAUGGAGAUGUAGCCCAGAAAGUUGUAAACAGACUCGAAGAACUGUCCAAGCAACAACAAUUCAGACCAGAGAUGAACUUGUGAAGCUACACCUAUCACCUGGACAUGCGCAAUCAACAUAUGAAUGAUGGUCUUCCAGCAGCUUGCAGUCUAAAUUUUUUGCUUACGAGGCAGGCAUUUAGAUUGCUCCAUUGUGAUUAGGGCAUCAUUGCUAUUCCAUGUCCUUCUAUCUGGGGAUGAUUAUGCUAGGAUUCAGGGUAAUAUUUUUCUUGGUAAGAAGUUUUGAGCUUUGCAUGAUUUUGGGGUUGGUGGUUUCUUCUUGAAAUGAAAAUGGUUGAAAUAUGUAAUACUUCAGACCGGUUGAAAUAGUUAAUACACAAAUGUUUCAUUACUAAUGGGAUUAGCUUUCGUACCCUUUUUUG